UUCCUCUCUCUCCUCAUAAUUCCACGCCCAAGCAGACACACAGACACCAGCAGACGCAGUCUAAUCUCAGCAGACACGCCGUCCUCCUCUCUUUCUACCAGCCAGUGGAUACAGCCACUUCUGUGCCCUACGCAAACAUGUCUGACAAGCCAGACCUAACAGAAAUCGCUAGGUUUGACAAAACCAAGCUGAAGAAGACGGAGACAAAAGAGAAGAACCCUCUUCCCACCAAAGAGACUAUCGAACAGGAGAGGAAAGGAGAUGCUACUCCGUAACCUAGGAGCCGAUGAGAAGACAAGCACAAUACAUGUUCUUCUGACAUGGCAGAUAUUACAAUCCUUAUUUCUGUUUAAAGGGUGCUAUUGCCCCACGUGAUGCAUGGAUAACAUGGCGAUUGGAGUCACUGGGGCUUAUGAAUGGGUGUGUGAUGAAGGGGGAGGAUGCGAGACAGGGUUUAAAAUGGGUAUUUUACCAAAAUAUGUUUAGUGCAUUUGUUUCUUUUUUAUAAUUUUUAAAAGGGUUUCAUCAUGAAAUAAAGACAGGUGAAAUGUAAAACAAAUAAAAUGCCAAAUAUGACUUGUCUUCUUAAAACUGAUUGUUAAUAUUUCUUUUUAAAUGUCUCUUAAGCUCACUAAGGCUGCAUUUUAUUGAUCAAAAAUAUGGUAAAAAUAUUAACCUUGUGAAAUAUCAUGAAUUUCAAAUGUACAUUUUUUCUCCAUAAAUGUUUUUUUUAACGAGUCAUUAUUAUUUAGUUAGUAUUAUAUAUUAUAUAUUAUGUAUUUUGUAUUUUUUAUUUUACACACACACACACAACUAACACAACUAUGAAUAAAUAAAAAUAAUUAUGGCAGAAAUAUAAUUUUGCAAAAAAAAAACAAAAAUGGCAAUUGGACAAAAUAACUAAUUGUUAUUUUUGCAAAAUAAAGAUGCAACAAAAACUAAAACAUUUGUUUUACCAUUUUGGCCUAUUGUAAUUAUUUUUCCAAAACAAUUGGCAGUAAAUCAGACAAUUUAUAUUUGAAAUUUCAAAGAAAUGGGAUCAGACCUUAAACAAAUGUUAACAUUUUACUCACACACACCCAAUGAAUCCAAAAAUGCCAGGAAAUGUGAUACAUUUUAAUUGAUCUCUUAAUUUUUCCCAUAUAUGUGCGCAUGUAAAAUUUAUUUAAAACUGAUAUUUUUGUAUCAAUGUAAACAACUUUACUGUCACUUUUUGAUCAAUUUAAUGCAUUCAUAUUCAAUAAAGUAUUCAUUUCUUUAAGA